AUGAGGCCCACAUUCCGGAGGAUGGCUGGCCAUGCCGACAGCGUGCACAUGGACCCGGCGUUGGUCAAGUACGCUAAUAUGUACGUCAAGCGGCAUGAGUACUUCCGAUGGACGCCGCGUACCGCCUGGUUGACCGUCACCUACGUGAUUGCGGUGCCGUCACUGUUCCUCUACAUGGCCUAUGCCACAGAUGGCAAAUACCAAAUGCGCGGCAAGCUACGAGGGGACACCCUUGCAGAGUUCUAA